CCGGUCCGCCUGUGCGUCGUUCUUUCCGGUCCGACCCGUUUCUCCCUCCGCCCCGGUGCUUUUUCUCUCCGCGGCACACGUGAGGAUUUAAUCCGGUUUUCGCUUUAAAGUUUCCUCUAAACGUUUGGACCAACAUGUCGUCGUCUUUCGAGCAGAUGAGGGCGAACGUGGGUAAACUCCUGCGAGGAAUCGACAGGUACAACCCAGAAAACCUUGCGACGCUGGAGCGCUACGUGGAGACGCAAGCUAGAGAAAACGCCUACGACCUGGAGGCCAACCUGGCCGUCCUGAAGCUGUACCAGUUCAACCCCGCCUACUUCCAGACUCAAGUGACCUCCCAGAUUCUGCUGAAGGCUCUGACCAACCUGCCACACACCGACUUCACUCUGUGCAAGUGCAUGAUCGACCAGACUCACCAGCAAGAGGAGCGCCCCAUCAGACAGAUCCUGUACCUGGGGAACCUGCUGGAGACGUGCCACUUCCAGAGCUUCUGGACGAGUCUCGAGGAGAACAGAGAGCUUAUUGACGGCAUUACUGGUUUCGAGGACUCCGUUCGCAAGUUCAUCUGCCACGUAGUGGGCAUCACCUACCAGACCAUCGAGCACCGGUUACUGGCUGAGAUGCUGGGAGACCCGCUGGACACGCAGGUGAAGGUCUGGAUGAAUAAGUACGCCUGGACGGAGAAUGAGGAAGGACAGAUCUUUAUCUUCAACCAGGAGGAGAGCGUCAAGCCCAAGAACAUCGUGGAAAAGAUCGACUUCGAGAGUGUAUCCAGCAUCAUGGCCACAUCUCAGUGAUGCAAACACACACACACACACACACACAGACACAAACACACUCACAUCAGACGUGACAGAUUGAAUCAGGUCAUUUGUUUUCAUAAUCUCAGUUUUUCUCAAUAAAAAUAAUUUAUCCAGC